AUUGGCUCUAUGGUUUACGUCGCGCGUCACGUCGUUAACCUCACUAAUUUUCUUCCGAGAAACCAGUCCUCGAACUUGUAUGUGAUCACUUGCCGUACUUGGGUGCAGAUAUUUGGAAAGGAUGGUGAACGAUUUGAAACUGGAGUGCUCCUUUUCCUCUUGGUACCCGACGUUCAAGAAAGAUUCUCUGGAGGCCAGGAUUCUCCGCAUCCCCGACGAGGUCCUCAAGUAUUUGGAGCACGACACGUUUAUAUUGCCGCUCGAGGCAACGGGAUCUUUCCCGGACAGCUCGGAAUGGGCUGACGGCUCGCCGGUGACACGCGAAGAAGAGGAGACGGAUUGCCAACCGACAUUCCCUGAAUUCAGUCGACAGAUACAGGAAAUAUUAGACGAGUACGAUGCGGUAUUCGUCAAGACAAACUGGAGUACGCCUGCGGAUGCCAUGUGGGUUGCGCCGACAAAGACUCUGAAAUGCAAUACGCUAGAAGAGGUGUACCUGCUGCUGAAAAGUUCCGACAGGAUUGCCAAAGACCUAAACGUCGUGAAAUCUAUGGGGGAUUCUGAGAAUCCUCUGCCGUUCUGCCUGGUGCUGAAGCAAUGGCGGGAUAUUAAUCCGUGCGCAGAAUUUCGCUGUUUCGUCGUGGAUAAUAAGCUCACUGCUAUAAGUCAGAGGGAUAUAUCGCAGUACCACAGUUCCAACGAGUCGGAAAAGUAUGACAUACAGACGGACAUCAAGAGCUUGUUUUCAGAGCGCAUCAGAGGCAGAUUUCCGUUGCGCAACUACUCGUUCGACGUUGUACGACGUAAGAAAGAUAAGGUGAAGAUAAUAGAUUUCGGUGCGUUGGACGCGGCGUCUACGGAGGGAACGCUUUUCACGUACGAGGAGUUGCAAUGCCGUAUCGAGAACACGCCGGAGUUCCGUUUCAUCGGGGAGGAAAUAGGUAUCCAGCCCAAGCCCCCUGUGCAGUUUUGUAUUCCGCAAGAGAUCAGCGAGUUCUUUCAGUCGAGGGAAAACGUCACGUUGCUGGACAUUAUUCAAAGGGAGGUGGAAAAUCAGCGGAGAGAGCACGAGAAAGAAAAUGCUAACGUUUCAGAAAGUACUUGAUGUAUAUACAACGUAUAAUAAACAUUUUCCUUAUAUACGAACAUCAGCUGUAACUCACAUGUACAAGGGAUACAAAACUUAAGAGAGGGGAUUAUAUAAGUUAAUGUUACAUCUCGUCUCCCCCGGAGGGAAAGUCUAAUAUCUAAUAAUAAGUACAUGCGCUAAUAAAUAUACGCGCGAUUACACAACGAACGGAUUCUACUUGUCUUUUUAAAUUUAAUAUAAUACAUUUCAGCCCGUUUAAAUCCUACGUUUUGAGAUCAUUCGAUUACAUCGACGCUAAGAGAAAUAUAAUCGAACUUGUUCAAGUAACUCGCUCUUUUCGUAAGUUGCCGAAUUCCGGUUUCUUUCUGCAUUUAUUCCGAUACGAUACAAGAAAUUCUGAAUUGCCUGCAUGCAACACAAACUAUUUUCCUGAUCCGGUCAAUAGAGUUAAAAAUUAGACAAUUUUAGUUGCCCAUCGCGAUGCGCAGAUUACGAUCCGAAGCUCUUGAUUAAUGUGGUUGUGUAAAUACGUGCAAUUAAAUGCUCCUGAUGACAAAGUUGCUCCUACAUCUUGGGAUGCGACGUAUCUGCGUGUAUACGUGUGUGUGAAUGAAUGUACACCGACAGGAUAUUUAAAUACAGAACUUUCACUUUUA